CAGAAAUACCGAAUCCGUCCGUCCAAACACUCACCCGCACCGGUCUGUCUGAACAGCACCCACGCACAUGGUAUGGUCAGUCAGCCCCCGCCAUCUAUUCACACCCACCCACAAACUCACAUACUCACACCCUCCGCCCACCCUCUCUGACCUUAUGUUUGUGUGUCUGUGUGAGUGGGUGGGUGUUUGAAGUGCAAGCAGACCAGCCGGCCAGCCAGAUAGAGGGAAGCAACGGGUGGUGUGUGAGUGAGUCAGGUACAUGUCAUGUAUGUCAGCUCCACACGCCCCUCUGCCCCGCACUCAUGAAAGCUACCGCCCGUCCACACACCUUCAUCAACGUCCAUCCAUCCACCCACCCACCCAUCCAUUGUGAUCGGCUUCUCCACCCUCUCGCAAUGGCAGCCAGAGAGAAUGCAGCCAGACAGCCAGCCAGAUAGAACGGCACUCCGAAGAGCACACACCCAGCCGUACAUCCAUCCGUGUGUCAGUCAGCUACACCCAGCUACACCCAGGCAUCCGCUCAUCAUGCACGAAGCCCGCCCAGCCGGCACCAUUUAUCCAGCGCAUACGACCUGGGUCGUCUGCUGGCUCUGGUCAGAGCCAGCAGUCGCAGACGCCUCCGGGAUUCGAUAUUGAUGCACCGUAUCAGGCGCCUUUCCCACUCCUUGUCUAGGUGGGGCGACACGCAACGGGGGAAGUGGAGGCCGGCAUGGGCCAAAACGGCCUCAGAGAGCGACACAGUGUCAUCCAUCGACACGCGGGGCGCGUAAACGGCAGAUGGAGAGAGAUCACUCACGUGCUCAGACAGGCAGUGAGGGAAGAGGCAGCCAAACACGCGACACAACUCGACAGUGUCCCGGUUGGUCUGCACAGCCAAAAAGCCGCGCGACAGCAGCUGGCUCUGGACUAAGGGUGUGUCGCUUCCUAGCUGAUCGACAGAGUAGGAAGCGAGUGUGUAGUCGAGAGCGAUCGAGUUGAGGAGGGGGCACUUGCCGAUGGCCUGCAGGCACACCGGAAGAACCCCCGGCUCUCCCUCGCUGCCUACCGCUGUCUCUUUUGCUUCCUUCUGGCUAUUCUUCUUAACCUCGACGCGAAUUCUUCUUAACACCGCCAAGCCCCCCGACUCGUCCUCCUCGCUCGCAUCUACACUUAUCUUUCGGACCCUCCCCUCCAUGCCUCUCUGACGCCCAUCGCUACUGCUCCCAGCCUCGCCCCCGCCCCCGCCCUCCCACAGAGACCAUACGCCCGUGUCGAAACACACGUUGGAGCCCCAGGCAUACUUAGCUUUCACGUGCAGCAGGGGGCCUGACUUGUUGCACACACCGAGGCAGCAGCGAGGGAAGAAAAAGGGCGCAGGCACAGCACCCUCUCUCUUGAAGUGCACCUCUCUCAGCGACUUGAGAGUGGUGGCCUUGCUCACUGCCUCCUCCCUCUGUCUGCCCCAGGUCGAUAGUGGUCACAUUGGGGAAAAUGCUAUCGGACAGGCCCGACAGCAGAGGGUCAGGCAGAGGGUCAGAGCUAAGACCUACACUGCUCAGCUGCAGGCUCUCGGUCUUGGAAAAGACCAGCUGAGGGAGGCUAUGCAGCACAACGCGUGGCACUGCCCGCCACCGAGCUAGCCCAGACGGAAACACGACAGUCUUGACGGCGGCUGCAAGGUUGAUGAGUAUGUCGGACCAUGACGGGUGGGCCUCCAGGUACCGCAGCUCGCGCAUGACGUCGAAGCGGACGUUGGCUCUGCACGUGAAGUUGAUGGUGCCGUUGGGCGCCAUGCACACAGCUCGAAACGCAUCCAAACUCUGACAGCCGACACACGAGAGGCACCAUCCCAUCCAUCAUACCAUCAGUUGAGCCUCCCACUCCCUCUCUCACGCACCUCGAGCUCAGUCUCGUAUAUAUAAAUGACGAUAGUGUGGAACUCCUCCAGCUGCAGCCCGCUCACGGCGAUCUUCUGUCGGCCCAUCUCGUGCCCCCAGACGCCGCUGAGCCGCCUACACACACACACAACACACACACACACACGCACGUACACAGGAAGCAUAAACAGGAGGCCGGCCAGGAUGUGGUCUCUGUCCCCCCUCCUCUCACUUGACGGACGGUUUCAGCAGGUUCUGGAGAUUGCGAAGGUGCCAGCCGUGCCACCGCAGCUCGAGGGUCAGGUUGUGUGGCCCGGGGCCCGCCAGCCACGCCGUGCACGCAGCGCCGCCGUUGCCCGAACACAUCCGUUCAAAAACCGAGCGGACGGACGGGUCGGCGUUCAUGUCACGGAGAUGCACGUCAACCAGCGACCUGUUAUGACAGCCAACCAUCACACAACUAAUUCAAACCAACCCGGCCAUCCCGACUCCCUCCCUCGUCUACAUACGUUGGCUUCCACCGUCGUCUGUUGGCAACGCAGAUCCACCACCCCGCCACCUCGACACGCGUCAGCUUGGGGAAGACCAGCUCGUCUCCCCCCUCUCGCUGCUUCGGCUUCGUGGCCCUGCCUGCGUCCUGCGCAUCUGACCACGCGUGCAGCUGCUCCAAGGUGCUGCUGGCGUGCUCCAGAAGCGUCAACACCCCCCGGCCGGGAAGACACACCAUGGUGGCCUUCUUGGUCUGGCUGCAUGCCGGCCCCCACGCCGACACCUGCCACUCGGUCAUCUCCACCUCGCUGUUGAAGUCCUUGCCCAGGCGCAGCGUCUCGUGCAUGGCGGGCUUGCGUGAGGCGGUGUGGAGGUAUGGGUGUGUGAGGGCCAGACGAGUGAUGAUGUCUUUGGUGUCGAGGAAGGGGCCGAUGUGGCGCGUGAAGCAUGACUCGGGCAGCGUCACGAGGGGCGAUACGAACAAAGCCUGAUGCACACACCCGCAUACACAAGAAGACCGUCAAUGUGUGUGAUGUGUUGUCAGCUCCAAGCGUCAAAGUGUGUUGGUACCGGUUGCUCUAUCAUGGCGGUGAUGAGGUCGCAUUUGGCGUUGGCCAGCUGGACCGCCGAGAACAUCUGGAAUGGAUCAGUGCUCUCCUUGUGCGUCAUCAUGACACUGAUCGCCCUCACGAGACCCAACAGCACCGCACGCUGAGCACCAACACGCUGAUAGGACAAAAUAGCCCGCAGCAACCACAAUUCUUUGCCAUUGUGUGUCACGGUUGGUGUGUGGUCUCACCUCUGACGCGCUGCCUUGGGCCUGCGACGAGCUAGCUGCCGCACAACACAGCUGAAGUACCUCCUGAACCUAGAUGUAGGUAUCAACACACACACACACCAGCAUCGAGGAAGCAAGAAUGGAUGGAUGGAUGGAUGGGUGUCCAUGCGCUGCAUUGCAUGUCGUGUGUGUGUUUUGAGUCACCCUGUGAUGUAGCUCGUGGAUGCUUUCGUUCAACGGAUACAUCAGGGGGCGUACACUGCGUAGUAUCUGUUCGAAGUCCUGUGGCUGCUGCUCGUAGAGAUACUCAUCCAGCUCGGAGAGGCUCCGGUCCUCCAGGCUGAGCGGAGAGGAAUCACUAUCGAGGCCGACCGGAUGCGAUGGCUGCACCUACCAAGAACACGACACAUCAGCUUCGCACAGAACGUCGGCGUCGCAUGCAGGAGUCGUUGUGGCUCACCUUGGAUGGGUCGGCUUGGGUUUUCUUACUCAUGGCUCGUGCGGACAGAGGAGCACGUGCGUCUGGAAAAG